UAGGAUUGAGACUACCACAUACUUUUCAAUACUUGAGUCAUUUAAAUCAUUCUAUAUCUUGCAGUAUAUUAAGAAAUGCAGUUGCUGCAAGUUCUAAUUACCGAAGUCAUUAUGGAAAAAUAUUAUUUUUAAAUAUCAUUACCUUUUUCUUUCAUCACCAAUACCUUUAUAUUUCUCUCACUCUUCUUAAGCCUAUUCCAUAUUAGGGCAGAUGAAAUGUACGCAUGCCUCUUUUAGUUACAGUAAUUUUAUUUGUGCAUCUUUUAACUACAGUAAUUUCAUUAAUAUAAUUUAUUUUUUCUGGAACCUUAACACACGCUAUUGCGGACACACUAAAUUUAUGUUUGAUUGUCAAAAUGGUAGAUUGAGUAUGGAAAUGAUGUCCCAAAAAAUUUACAUCCUUCAUAUAAAUGAAUCCUCUCAAGUUUUGAGGAUUGCAAGAGACGAUUUAUCGGAUUUUCAUCAAGGUGAUAAGAUUUCUGGUCCCAAACAUUAUAUUAAUGUGGAAAUAGAUUCUCAUUUCUUCCAAUACACUUCCAACAAUGAAAUGUAUACUAUAUUGUUUGAGUGUGGUCCUCUUCCAAAUUCAUACUUUUCUCCUUCUUUUCAAAUUUCUUUUGAAGGAACCAAUUGCAAUAUAGAGGGAAAAUUUCAUAGUGUAUACAUAGUAUCAAGUUCUAAAUUGGUUGAUUUUAGUGCGGUGAAGUGUAAGAAUAGUAUUGAAGUUCCCGGAAAAAACAACUCUUUGCCAAACAAAUCAAGUGUUAUGGAGGGUAUUUUAGUUGAAGGAUUUGAGGUGAGGUGGAAUGGUGUGGGGGAAGACAGGUGCCAUGCUUGUACAAAAUAUGGAGGGAGAUCUGGAUACAACAGAGAAGAAAAUGCAUUUAUGUGUCUCUCGAAGAGAUCCGCCACAUCCAAAGUUCCAUCAAGAACAUGGAAUUGGAAAAAGAAACUCAUCCUUGGUGUUAUUUCUAAUGUGUUUGCAACACUUGUUGUCAUCACAUCCAUUUACUUUUAUAAGCGCCAUAAUAUACACUCUCGCGACCUCUUCUUACAACCAUUUAGACUUGACAGUCAACGCAUUAGCAAGAGUCAAAACUUUGGAGUCGAACACUUCAUCUUUAAAAAUCUUUACAAGGCGACAAACAACUUUGACAAAAAACUAGGAGAUGGAGACAGUGCAGAAGUGUUUAAUGACAAACUACUAGAUGGGCGUGAAGUUGCAGUGAAAAGGCUUUUUAAAUUCGGACUCAAUAAAGAACAACUAUUUCUUAAGGAAAUAAAUAUACUAGCAAGAACUAUUCAUCCCAAUCUCAUCUUGUUAUAUGGUUGCACAUCACUCAAAAGUCGUCGAGCUUUGAUCGUCUAUGAGUAUGUUCGUAAUGGAUCUUUGGAUGAUCAUCUUCAUGGUGACAAAGCAACACCUAAUAGUUGCCAGCAGUUCUAAUCCAAAUGAUGAAAUAAUGUUGCUGAACGACUAUACAAUUCAUAAUUCUAGGGAUUGAUUUCAAUAUAUCAUUCAAUACAGUUUUACUAUGAAAUGAGCAUUACAAAAUCCAGGAUGAUAAUGAAAUCCAACCAGUAGUCGCCAGCAGUUCUAGUCCAAAUGAUGAAAUAGUGUUGUUGAAUAUUGUGAACGAUUACACAAUACAAAAUUCUAGGAAUUGAUUUCAAUGUAUCAUUCAGUGCAGUUUUACUAUGAAAUGAGCAUUACAAAAUGUUAUCAUGUCUCA